AUGGACGCAUCGUCACCAAAGCCGCAGCCCAGUGUUCGGGAAGCUGAUCCAAUCCAAGUUGGAGUAGUAGUCCAAAGAAUAGACGCAUUCGGCUUCAAUGCCGUGUCAACCAACUCCACGUUCUACAUCGGCACAGUGGUGAGUUUCAUCAUAGCCUCUUUCGUGCCAGGUUUAUCGAGGCUUCCAUUUCCGGUCAUCGGUUGCAUGAUAAACGAUAUAUCUACUUGGUUCGGCCACUGGGACAGUGCUCAUGUCAUUUUGGUAGUGCUCUACAGUGGUCAUUUUGUCCGCCGUACCCUCGAGGUGUUCCUUGUACAUCGCUAUAAACGAAAGAUGCCUUUGGGUGAAACGCUGGGUGCACCCGUCUACUACUGGUGCUUCGGAUUCUGGGCAGGAUGGUCACUCCGUCCAGACCUUGGAUAUAUCAACACAUACCUACCUCUCUAUUUGAUUGGGUGUGCGACCUUCCUCGUAGGGGAGGUAGGUAACUGUGUGGCCCACAUUCAACUUAGACAACUUCGGCAUGUCAAACAAGACAACACCCAUGAGGCGCCCCCAAGUGGCCAUGCCAUCCCCAGGGGUCUUCUUUUCUCUCUGGUGUCCUGCCCACAUUACACCUUUGAAAUCGUCACGUGGACGGGAUUCUUCUUGGCAACUUGGACCCUCAAUGGUGCUCUAUUCCUGGCGGCCACUUUGAUAACUUUGGUUGUUUACUCCCGUAAACACCAUCAUCGAUAUAAGGAUGAGUUCAAUGGACGUGAUGGAAGGGAGCUUUACCCAGAAAACCGCAAGGCUCUCAUUCCAUUCUUGUUUUGA